AUAAGGAUGCCGAGGAUGCAGUGGAAACACACAACAACAGGUCCUUCGAGCACCCUCAUACUCACGUACAGCACCAUCCAAGUCCACACCAAUCUUCAACAUGAAGUUUUUCGUGACCUCCCUCAUUGCUCUGAUGGCCUGCGUCGCCUUCGCCGAAGAGGCGGCCAAGAAAGAUGAGAAGAAAGACGUCGAAGCACGCGGCGGAGUGCUUGGCGGCCUCGGUGGAGUCGGUUACGGCGGCGGCCUCGGCACCGGUCUCGGCACUGGUUUCGUCGGCACCGGUCUUGGCGGUGCCGGUCUCGGCGGUGCCGGUCUUCAUGGUGCUGGUCUUGGCGGUGCUGGUCUAGGAGGCGUCGGUCUUGGCGGCGCCGGUCUGGCCGGCCCUGGCCUUGUGGGUCCUGGUCUCGUGGGCGGUGGUUUGGGCCACGGUGUCGGCCUCGGCCACGGAUUCCAGUCGGGCUACGGCUCCACCGCCGGAGGCCAGCAGGGCGGGUAUCAGGGCGGUGCCGCCGGACACAACCUGGGAGCCGCUGGAUUCGCCGGUGGCGCCGCUGGUAGCAAGGUCAACUCGUACAACAACAACCAGGGAUACAGCCACAGCUCUGGUUUCUCGUCUAGCGACGGCAAGACCUUCGGCGCGGGCAACAAGCAGGGAUCGUCUGGAUUCAAGGGAGGUGCCGGCGGCCACCAGGCUGGGUUCGGACAGGCCGGCUACGGCGGAGCCGGAGGCGUCGCUGGCGCUGGCCUUGGCAUCCACGGCUAGUCAUUGGAUGUCCACUUGACAUUGAACAUCGCGCUGUUCUGCUACCGAGAUUGGCAGAACGUUUCCGACAUUGUUCGAAAAAAGAAUUGUUUCCAGCACCAAUUUGUAAUUUUUAUAGUUGUUUUUUGCGAUUACGUUUUGCCCAGAAGUUGGUGGAAAUUUUUUCAUCUACAGCUGUUUUCUGUUUGCAUUUAAUAAAGUUGAGAAGAAAAUU